CGUCCAGCUUCCUUGUCCAUUGAGAUGAGGCCUCGCAGUGUGGCAAAUUAGCCGCAAUUCUGCUCACUUUCCACAGUUCACUUUCUUCGGUGGCAAAUUCUCAGAGGUUUCGCGGCUUCCGUGUGCGUUAGGCCUCUUGCAGUGAAUGACAGAGCCAAAAGCAGGCGGCCUUAGAGAAGCUGCAGGGCAGAUUGAUGUGGCUCAGGGCUUUCAGGUUGGCCGGCAAUUAAUGUCAACAGGAAUUGGUGUUCUGUAAAGCUGUGGGGGCGCUUCCUAGUAUAAGUCUCAUCAUCUCUCUUGGCCUUGUAGGAGCAGAGUAGAGCUGUCUCGUCAUGGCAAGAGGCCGCCCUCAUGGCCGGUCCAAGUCUGACCACAGAGUUUGUCAGGCAGCUCAACAUGCACGCGCUGCUGAGUAUAGGGAGAGGAUCGCCAUCAGUGCUGAGCAGCAAGAGGCGCGGAUAGCGGCUGUGAACGCAGAAUGCACAGUAGAGGAUGCCCCUCGUAGGCGGCGGGGCCAAAAGCCUAAGGAUCCGAAGACAAAGUCGGGGGCUGCUCGGGUGUCAGUACGGGGCCGUUCUUCCAAAGCAUCUGGCAGUGCAAAGAAGAAAGCAAAAAAGCGCCUGGAACAUGCGCUUGGCAAAGCUGCGGGCAGAGACCCACAUACUCUUUGCUGCCACGAGUGCGGCGCUACCGCGGAGUUCGGGCUGCGAGGAAGCAAGUGGGGGGGGGAGGUCCUGUACUUAUGCAGAGGGCAUGUUCUGCCUGGCUGCUUCCGCAUCGACACUGACCGCGCAGAUUGGGUAGAGGACCGAGAGAUGUGCCGCUUGAGAGCAGAAGAGAGAAGACUUGAGAAGGAGCUGCGGGAACUGGGAGGGGCCUCGUUCGCAGCGGAACCAGCGGCAGAGCAACCCAGCGCUUCACCGUGCGCUUCCGCACCUUGGAAGGAGUUCCAGAGUACAAGGGAUUGGGUUGCGAUGCCCAUGAAGCGAUCGCUCAUAGCUAUGCUGCUAACGAUUGGUGGCGUUGAGAGCAAUCCCGGACCGCUCUCAAAUGAAGAAGAGAUUGAAGCAUGCAGAAGGAGUUGGGAGGAAGCUAAUCCGCGAAUCGGAGCUAUGCUGCUUGCUUACCUGGCAAAGGAGAAGGUCCACUUCGCAGACUGGGGAGGCAAGUCUCUUGAACGGCGCUUGGCUGCGAUCGACAAGUACAAAAAGGCGUACGAGGACGAGAAUGUUGGGGCGAAGUGGUCUUAUGGCUGGGACGAUUUCCUUGAAAACGCUGGAGCUGCUGGCAGGAGGGGUAAGGACGCAGAAGCGGGCCAAUCUAAGGACGUGGAGAUGCAGGAUGCUGACCAAGAGAACCAGAACCCUGCAAGAAGGCCCGUUCCAACAUCCAUUCACGACCUUCCCGAGCUUGGCAAUCGGAAGGAGGGCAUCAAUAAGAGGCGGCAUGACAACUGCUAUACGCCCAGGCAGGAAACCAUUGAGAAGCUCACGAAGCUGCUCUUCAAAGAGCAUGCUGUGCUGAUAAGGUCUGCUCCGGCAACUGGCAAGACGUCCACUCUUCAGCUUCUGGCUACAUACUUGAAGACGCAAUUUGGGGCUGACGUGCGCAUCUUCCACUUGUCGCUGCAAGAGUACAACCCAGAUCACCCUGAUGCGUUUGACAAAGUGUGGGAGCGGCAGAAUCCAGACGUGGAUUUUGAGAGCGUUCUGAGCCCCCGCCCCAGCCCAACAAAGACCCCAGCUCCCCGGCAGCCUGUCACCGUGAUCAUUGUAGAUGAGGCUCAGAAAGCCUUCAUCCAUCCCCACUUGCACUUGUUCGGCAAGGUCAAAAGCAUCCAAGGGCAGCUGACCUCCAACCUUAAGAUUCUGAUGGUCUCGAGUUGGGGCAGCAACAUCGUGGACGUCCAAGAAGCAACAUCUCUGUCCUAUGCAACCCCGGGGACCUGGGAUGCUACAAAUACUGUGACUUGUUGGUACAACGCAACCGUUGGACUAGGACUCCAGUUAACAGUGCAAGAGGCCGAGGAGUACUGGGGUUCCUGGGUGGAAGGCAACGGUUGGAGUCACUACAUGUCCACCGAGUCCGAGAUGGAGUACCUGAUGGACCUCACCGAGAGGCAGCCGGGGGCCUUAUCGCUUCUGCUCGAUAAAAUCGAGGACCAGGGGUGGGGCUACCUCGAAGAGGACACCUGGCACAAGCGCAUGAAGCAGUACCUGCUCUCGGAGCAGCCUGUUAGGGCCAUGCAGGACCUGCGCAGUAUGCAGAGGAUUGUGGGGAGUCUGAAUGUGACAGAGUCUGCUGGGCUUGCUAAGGAUCUCCUGCGGGAGCUGCUGCAGCGAGGUGGAGAAGGGGUCGACAAGUCGAAGCUGGCCCCACCAACCUUGGAGCUUGCACGGAAGUACACGCGCUGGGGUCAGCUCGUGUUCGAGGCAAACAAGUACCAUCUGCCAUCACAGCUGCACUUCUUGUACCUAACGAGGGAGCUUUAUGCUGGUCGGUCCACCACAGCCGUCAUCCGGGAGCAGGGCCUGUUUGAGUUCAUCGUCGCUGUAGUCGAGCGGUUCAACCGAGCCGAGCUUGUGUAUUCAGAUUCCCGGCGCGCGGAAGGAGAGCCUGUGUACGAGCGGCUUUAUCAGAACCUCUUCUAUUACGAAGCACGCCGCUUCACCCCUCUCGAAGUAUGCAUAUCACCUGAUGUCGGUAGGCUGUACGGGAGCAACGGCUACCUCGACUUUCUCCUAGGCACCCCGCUGCUCUGGGCCGUUGAGAUCAUGAGGGAAGGAAAGGAUCCGGACGGUCACUUGGACAGGUUCAUUCAAGGGGGCCGGUACAGCAACUUGCUAGAGCGCGCUAAGGUGAAGGAUUGGGCGGUGAUCGACUUCCGCACGACGUGGUCGGAGGGACAUGUACCGGUAGCUCGUCCGGGCAUGAUCGAGGUGUUCUUCACCCCGGGGUACGAACAUGCCCACGUCGUGUGUGGCAGUCGCUGCAAAACAGUGGAAGUGAGGGGGCCUUUAUGAUGCGGAACAGCUUUUGCUCUGGUUGGCGACACAUAACUGGCCUGUUAUAUCCGAGGAGCACUGUGCUUUAGUAGAGAACAUUGUGUAUGGAUAGGAGUAUGCCCAAGAUUGUUGCGGAGCUUGUGGCUAAGCACGCACCUUAAUCUAGGCGAUGCACCUUUCCAGUAUGUAUAUAUACCACCUACGUAUAUAUACGCGCACUUUAUACCAGCCUACAUGAUUAAUUCUCAUGUUUGAUGGAGAAGUAAUCAUAUAUUGAUCGACG